AUGGAUACCCGUGCCGAUAUAGUUAAGAAGAUAGAGGACCUUACGGAUCUUGAAUUUGCUGUUUUACUUUGCUUAAUUGCCAAAGAGAGUUGCAUGAUUGAUACCCCAUCCAACACGUUGGAUGACCUUGUCAAAGAAUUAACAUUAAUUUCUCGAGAAAUAUUUGGCCUGUCUUAUGCUGUUAUUGACUGCACUGCCGACACAUCUCUUGAGGAGUUCAAUACUACCAUAUUAGAACGUCGACGACGACCAUCCGAACUCCUUCAAAGAGAAGAAAAUAUUUUAAAGGCAAGAUUUGAUAAAUUCUACCCCUACCCUGAAGACAUACUGUAUUCCCUUUUUCAUCUCCAUUUUACUGCCACUAAUGGAGCUUCCCAGCGCAACUACACCGAUGUUUCUACAAGGGGCCAUGACAGAAAUGAAACAGUUAACGUUAUCAUUGCCAAAAAUUAUGACCACAUCUCCCAGAGUAUACAAGUACAGACACUGGAGGUAUAA